AGUAAAAAUAUAAAUUUUAAAAUUAAGUUUAUUGGCUUAACAGCAAUAAAAUUUCAUACAAAAUAGGAGUCUUUAAAUGCAACUCAGAAUGCGAGCAGCUGAUCGGUAUCUAGAAUAAUAAAAUCCGCCGGGUUAUUUAAUCAUUUUGUUGAUUAAUUUUAUAAAUGGAAAUUAAGGUGUAGAAAAUACCUUAAUGGAUAAUUAUUAGUAAUGAUACGAAAACUUGCAAAUGUGUUUAGAGGACAGUUAAAAUAUAAUGGCAAUUCAUUUCAAAACGUAUCACCUACAUGGUAUUCGGAAACUAGUAAAGCGUUUUAUUGUACAAAAAGUGAGAACGAAAGCAAGGCACAAAAUGAUGACAGUGCAAGAGGGGGUAGAGGAAAGAGUAAUAUACGAAAGCCACCGCUUCCCGCUAUCCAAAAUCCUUUUGCCAAUGUGACAAAUAAAACCAAGGAAUCCUACCUAGCGAUGUUGGAGAUUUUCGAAGAGCGUGACGUUCAUCGGCGGAAUCAUGUCGAGUUUAUUUAUGCUGCUCUCCGAAACAUGGCAGAUUUUGGCGUUGAACAUGAUAUAGAAGUGUACAAAGCUUUAAUUAACGUUAUGCCGAAAGGAAAAUUUAUUCCCACUAAUGUUUUUCAAGCCGAAUUCAUGCAUUACCCUAAACAACAACAGUGCAUAAUAGAUCUGUUAGAACAAAUGGAAGAUCUGGGUGUAAUGCCUGAUUAUGAAAUGGAAGCUAUGUUGUUAAAUGUAUUUGGACGACGAGGACACCCAUUACGUAAGUAUUGGAGAAUGAUGUAUUGGAUGCCAAAGUUUAAAAACUUAUCACCAUGGCCUCUACCAAACCCUAUACCUGAUGAUACACUAAAUAUUGCUCAGCUAGCUGUAGAGCGCAUGUGUACAGUAGAUUUGCGAUCAAAGAUCUCUGUAUAUGAAACCAAAAAUGUCCAGGAUUCUAUAGAUGACACGUGGAUCGUAAGUGGUAUGAGUGCAGAACAGUCACAACUAUUAAGAGAUCAUCCCCACGAUAAAGCCGUUUAUAUAGAAGGUCCCUUCUUGAUUUGGUUAAGAAAUCGCUCAAUAAAUUACUUUACGUUACGAGCUGAUCCAGAUCCAAACUUACUACAAAGUCUUCAAGAAGAACAAGAAGAUCAGGAUGAUGUAUCACGGUUAAAGGCGCCAUUCUUUGGUACCGCGAUUCCUCGACCCAAAAAUGCAAUUGGUAAAAACCGUUCUGUACAUCAACAAGAGGAUGGUACAAUUUUUGCAAUUUGUGCAACUGGUACAUCCACAAAGGACUCAUUAUUGUCCUGGAUAAGAUUGUUAGAAUCUAACGGAAACCCGACCUUAGGUGAAAUACCAGUGCUGUUUAGAUUUAAAUCUGUUGUAACAGCGAAAGCAAUUGAAAUAGAAGACAAAGCAAAAUCUGAUAAUCUGCAAUCGAAUCCCAGUUCAAAAACUACGGAUUGAAAUUUGUUGUAAUUUAUAUCUUACGAUGUAUUAAAUAAAUUUUUCUUUAUAAUAAAAAAUGUACAUUCAUUAGGGUAUAAUU